AUGGCAGAGAAAUAUGAAUACGAGUACUUUAACGUCACCUUUCCAGUGGAAUAUGUCGCGCAUAUUGAGAUCAGUCGACCGGAAAAGUUGAACGCUUUCAUCGAAAAGAUGUGGCUCAACCUGUCUGUCAUCGUCAAACGCCUUUCGCACGACCCAAAUGUCCGUUCUAUAAUCCUUACUGGUGCCGGCGACCGCGCAUUCACAGCAGGCCUUGAUGUGCAAGCAGCCUCUCAGGGUACCCUCUCACAAGGCAGCUCCGACACUGCUCGCACAGCAACUGCCCUACGCAGACACAUCUUCGAGUUCCAAGACUGUAUAACAGCGCUCGAGAAGUGUGAGAAGCCCAUCAUAGCUGUCCUUCAUGGAGUCUCCUACGGUCUAGCCCUCGACCUCUCUCUCUCCUGCGACAUACGGUUGUGCGCUGCAGACACGCGCUUCUCCGUCAAGGAAGUCGACAUCGGAAUCGCCGCUGACAUCGGUACGCUUUCCCGCCUACCCAAGGCAGUUGGCAAUUUCAGUUGGGUGAAGGACGUGGCCCUUUCAGCUCGCAUCUUUGGUAGUGCUGAAGCAGAAAAGGUGGGACUUGUUAGUGGGGUUUAUGGCGGGAAGGCAGAAGCAGUAUCAGAGGCACUGAAGUUAGCGACCUUGAUAGCGAGCAAGAGCCCUGUUGCUGUACAGGGAACGAAAGAGUUACUGAACUACUCGCGCGACCGGAGUGUGGAGGAGGGCUUGAGGUAUACGGCCAUUUGGAAUCAGGCAAUGUUACAGACCAAAGACAUGAAGGAUGCUAUGUUGAGUGGGUUGCAGAAGAAGACGCCUAAGUUCAGUAAGCUCUAG